CUGGGACGAAACUGGGACCGGACCCUCCAGGGGACUGACGAUCCCCAAAUUUCAGGUCCAUGGGGGUUUUGUGUACCCAUCGUUUGCCGCAUCUGCCGAUUGUUAUAAAUUGUUCGUCUUUCGUCGUUACCUAGCGCUGAUCUUCUGUAAUCUACUUUUAUUCCUGGACAUUCACAUAAACACCCCAUAUACCCAUAUACCCCGGGUUCAAUCACAGUUAUCCUCAGCGUUCCUUAUCCUUAUCCUUAUCCUUAUCUCGCCUAACCACUUUCCACCCACCACCUCUACUAUACUAUACAACUCUCGCCCUCAAUCCUACCAACCAUCCACAGAAUCACAAGAAACCGUCAACAUGCAACUCCAAACCCUCCUCCUGACCACCGCCUUCCUCAGCGGCUCCGCCCUCGCCGCCCCCCAGGGCGACAUCGUCGGCAGCAUCGUGUCGGGUGCCGAGGGCAUCGCGCAGACGGUGGCCUCGGGGGCGGAGAACGCGGCGACCAACAUCGUCUCGGCGGCGACCUCGAUCGCCAGCGCGGCCGAGACGGACGGUGCGGCCGCCGCCUCCGACGCCCGCUCCUGGGGUGAAUCGGUGGCCUCCAACGCCGAGUCCUACGGGCAGUCGGUCGCCUCCGACGCGCGGUCCCGGGCUUCCGAUGUCGCCUCCAAGGCCUCCUCCCGCUGGGACGACCUGACCACCCUCACCGGCACCAACGGCGAGGCCACGGCCACCUCGACCGUCUCCGGCGGGAACACCGCGACGGUGACCACGGCGACCGCCACUACGACCGGUACCACUUCCACCACUGGUACGUCGACUGGCAACAGCCGCAGCAGCAGCAGCAGCAGCACGGCCUCGAGCUCCAGCUCCGAGGGCGCGGGUGUCCAGGCUACUCCCGCUGCAGUGUUGGGCUACGGCAUCGCCGGCGUGGCGGGUGUCUUGGGAGUGAUGGCUGCUUUGUAAGGCGCGGAGUUGGCCUGACCACUUCAAGGGUCACUUUCGGGCUUGUUUUCCAUUCAAGAGAUCACGUUUGAUCCAGGUACCCUUUCUUUCUUCGGGUGGACUGUACAUGACACUAUUCAACAUACCAUUGUUCAUAACUAUAUCCCCGCGUCGUCGCUUUCCUUUUUUUUUUUUU